AUGCCCGCACCCCGCCAGGUCUGCAUAGCCGUCAUAGGCGUCGGCGGCGUAGGACGCUGCUUCCUCACCCAGCUCCAAGACCUCAGCGCCCGCCUCUCCCAAUCUCGCCUCAACCCCAUCUACCUCUCCCUGAUCCUCGUCUCCCGCAGCUCCAAGCUCCUGCAUUCGCCCUCCUACAAGCCCAUCAACCUCGCAACGUGGGAAGACGACCUCAACGCCUCCACUGUCUCCGUCUUGCCGCCCUCCGAAAUCGCCAGCUACCUCGAAAACGCCCCCGCGAGAGUCGUGCUGGUGGACAAUACCAGCAACCAGGACGUCGCGAACGCGUACCCCUUGUUCCUGAAGAAAGGAAUCAGCGUUGUGACGCCGAACAAGAAAGCCUUCUCCGACUCCUUCCAGCUCUGGAAAGACAUCUUCGAUGCCGCGCUGAAUGGCCAGGGCAGCGGCGGCUACGUCUUCCACGAAUCGAGCGUCGGCGCUGGCCUGCCCGUCAUAUCUACGCUGAAAGAGCUGGUAGAGACUGGCGACGAGGUGCGGAAGAUCGAAGGUGUCUUCUCGGGGACGAUGUCCUUCCUCUUCAACAGCUUCAUGCCCGUUGGCGGCGGCGGGGGUUCCUUUUCCGCGGAGGUGAAAAAGGCGAAGGAGUUGGGGUAUACAGAGCCGGACCCCCGCGAUGAUCUGAAUGGCCUGGAUGUUGCGAGGAAGCUGACAAUUCUGGCGAGGUUGGCGGGGCUGGAGGUCGAGUCGCCGACGAGCUUCCCGGUGCAGAGUCUCAUCCCUAAGGAGCUGGAAAGCUGCAGCAGCGGUGAUGAGUUCUUAGCCCGGUUAGGCGAGUUCGAUGAUGAUAUGGAGAAGCUGAAGAAGGAGGCUGCGGACGAGGGCAAAGUCGUGAGAUUUGUUGGCAGCAUUGAUGUCGCGAAGAACGAUGUUAAGGUGGGCUUGGAGAAGUUUGAUGUUUCGCAUCCUAUUGCUGCGUUGAAAGGCAGUGAUAACAUCAUCAGCUUCUACACGAAGCGGUAUGGUGAUAAUCCGUUGAUCAUUCAGGGUGCCGGUGCUGGAGGCGAAGUCACCGCUAUGGGCGUAACGGGAGACCUUGUAAAGGUUAUUAGACUCCUGAGUUAG